CGGCCGCGCCCGAGGAAAGUUUCGCGGAGGGGCUCCGGGCGAAAAUGAGCGAGCUGGAGGAAGACUUUGCCAAGAUUCUCAUGCUCAAGGAGGAGAGGAUCAAGGAGCUGGAGAAGCGGCUGUCGGAGAAGGAGGAGGAGAUCCAGGAGCUGAAGAGGAAGCUGCACAAAUGCCAGUCGGUGCUGCCCGCACCCUCGCCGCACAUCGGGCCGCGCACCACCCGGGCGCAGGGCAUCUCGGCCGAGCCGCAGACCUACCGCUCCUUCCACGACCUCCGACAGGCGUUCCGGAAGUUCACCAAGUCCGAGAGGCUCCAAGUCUCAGUGGCACUCCCUAUCAGCGACGAAGCUGCAUGUGCGGGAACGCUGGUCCCUUUGUGGUCCUCCUGUGAACGUGACCAAGGGCCGUGGAGACGGGGUGAGGGACGGAGAGAGCUGAUCCAUGACCUCACCCUUGCUGGUUCCAUCCUGCCCUUCUGACUGACUCCAGAGUGCAGUGUGACUUAGAUGGGCUGAAAACAAAGCACAGAGACUGGGUUGACACAUUUGGAUCUUGGUCUUCCUGUUUCUUGAGUGAUAUGGGAUGAGGCUGAUGUUUUUACUUCUCAUGGCAGAAGUGUCUUUGAUUACUGCAUGAUAGGAACUCGAAUAAUUUCCCAUCAUGGAUGUCGAAUACUUUGAAAAAUUAUUUCUAAGUGAUCCAGCAGAAUGACCACACCCAUAUUGCUAUGGAACCGAGUCUUCUAGCUAAAUAAAAUUUCCUUGGA